UCUGUUUAUAAACUCACUUGUAUCGUAUCUUACUGUUUCAUAUACCCUUUUACCCAAAACUCCAAAACCAUCCUGACUGUGCUAUCACCCAAGACCGCCUACCUUCCGGCAGCGUUUUCCGGCAACCCAGCACCGCCCUUCCGGCAACCCAGUACCGUCCUUCCUUCUUUCUCAAUUGUUUAGUUCUGGUACUUCCUAACUCCUGAUUAUUUAUUAAUUUUGAGUGAUUAAUGGAUAUGAGGGUUUCAUCAGCACCGAGCAAGUUUAGCAUUAUUAGAUUCAAUUGCAUUCUUCAGAAAGCAUUUCCAAGUAGAAAAAAAUAUGCAAAACAAAAUUAUAGAAAUUUGUCUAUAUGUACCUCACCAUCAUCAUCAUCAUCGUCAACAGCAACAACUUCUUUGAUUGUUGGGUCGGUAUUCGCUUCACCUGCCGAUGUUCCGCAACGUUCCGACGAGUGGUUCGCUCUUCGGAAAGACAAACUAACCACAAGCACAUUCAGUACCGCAUUAGGUUUUUGGAAAGGUAGCCGUCGCUCAGAGUUGUGGCAUGAGAAAGUAUUUGCAUCAGAAUCACAAAUCAUUGAAUCUUCUAAAAGAAAUGCAAUGGCCUGGGGAAUGCUCAAUGAGGCAGUGGCUGUUGAAAACUAUAAGAAAAUCACGGGCCGUGAGGUGAGUUCGAUGGGGUUCGCAGUUCAUUCGAAACAGUCUUAUGAUUGGCUUGGUGCAUCACCCGAUGGGGUUCUCGGCACCGCUGGAAUAUUGGAAGUUAAGUGUCCGUAUAACAAGGGCAAGCCUGAGGCAGGUUUGCCAUGGUCAAGAAUGCCUUUUUAUUACAUGCCUCAAGUUCAGGGUCAAAUGGAGAUUAUGGCUUUUGAAUGGGUUGAUUUGUAUUGUUGGACACCAAAUGGAAGCACUAUAUUUCGUGUCGAUAGGGAUCGUGGAUAUUGGGACUUAAUACAUGGGAUUCUAAGAGAGUUUUGGUGGGAAAACGUGGUUCCGGCGAGGGAAGCUUUGUUGUUAGGGUGUGAAGAACAAGUGGAGUCUUAUAAGCCUGCAUCUACACACAAAAUGACUGGAUUAGCAAUUGCUAAAAGCAUCAAGUUAGCUAGUGAAUCAAAGCUGUUAUGCAGAGAAAUUGCAGGUUGGUUCAAAUGUAACAUUGACGACUUUGUUAGCAAUGGUGGACUCUAGGCCAGCCUAUGUAGGUUUUUUCAGAAAUCAUCUUGGCGGUUGAGUCUUUGGAUUCCCUCAGAUGGGUUCUUCGAGUAUUCUUAUGGCAGAGGCGCGGAGCUGUAGGGACUGGUGUCUGUGGUAGAGGUCACUUGGCAAUAUGGUGUGUGGAAUUUGGUUGUGGAGUGUAACUCUAAAGUUGUCGUCCAGCUGAUCAGAGAAGGGUGUGAGGCCAAUCAUCAUUGUUGGAGCAUGAUUUGGAUGUGGAAAAAUUGGAUGGACAAGGACUCGCAAGUCCAAUUUUGCCAUGUUUAUUGAGAAUCAAAUUUGGUUGCAGAUUGACUUGCUAAUUUUGCUCACUCUCAACAGUUGGGAAUUCAUACUUCAGACAAUUUUUCAUUUUGAUUUUUCUUUACUUUUGAAAUUUUAUGGGAAUUAGUUUUUCCUGUAGAGUUACAUGUUAAUUUGUUUAUGUAUAAGGGUUAAGCUCCUUCUUUGUAUAAAAAAAUGCACCACAUUAUCUUUUUA